AUGACCAGUCGAUCGAAGCAACGGGAACACGGAGGGACGGUCAGGACGAUGAACCAUCACGAAGAGACAAGCAGAACAAACAGAAAAGGAACAGGAGAGGAAGGAGUAAACAUGGAAAACAUUAAAACGUUGUAUCAUAUAUUCUCUAGUGCAGAUGGGAACCAUAUCGAUGGGGGGGAUAAAAAAAAAUGUGUUAAGGAUAUGCGUGACUUGACGGGUGGUACACAAAGUACCGCAGCAGUAGUGGUUCCCCCGAGGAGGGACAAAAAGGGAUCGUCCAAAGAGAAGGAACUUUUAAACCAUUUCAAUUAUUUGGGCCAUUUUGGAGAGUACAGUUGUUCCCACUUAACUGAUGCAGAAAGGAGAAGAAACAAAAAAGACGAUCCCUCAUUCCAGCAGAGUGUUGAGGUCACCCUAGAUUGGGAAGCUUUACAACGAGUCGAUGAUCUCUGCGGUGAUUACCCUGCAGAAGAAGAGAGAGUUGGAGGAGGUGAAUUUUUUGAUAAUUCCAAACGGGGGAUGCAAAAUCGGGUUAGUCAUUUGAAGUAUCACAACGGCGGUGAGAGGAAGGACACGUCUUCCAGUCCAACCGAAGGGGAAAAAUCUGAACAGUCGCAGAGAAGGCAACCUUAUAGGGGUGACGCAGUCCAGUUAAGAAGGGAAAUCAAUCCAAGGGAAAGUAACCAAACUGGAGAAACAAACAAAGACCGUUUUGUAAGCCCAUCAAAUGAGACCUCCUUCUAUGAAGCGUUUAAAGGAACCCACUUUGAUAAGCCAUUUUAUCGGAACAGCAAUGUGGAUAAGGUCCUUAAACCCCAGCAGAGUAACCUCGAGAGGACAGAAGAACACCUGGGAGGGGCAAAAAUGACGCCACUAAAUUGGGAUCGAAAAUAUAGUACACUUAUUCAUUUACCAAUCGGUAAUCCCAAAGGGGACCUUAUCAAACGCAACGCGAACAAUGUAGAGGUGGAACCGGCGGAGGACCCAUUUUUGAACCUCAUUGAUCAGGAGAACAGCACAGAUGAGGUCCCCCUUUUUGAGGACCACUCCUACAGGGAGGACCUCACAUCUGCUAUCUUCGAUUCUAAUGCGGGUACAAAUGACGGGGCAAACAAGAUGGACCCCCUGGGGGGAAGCAUUCAAAAAAGGGAGGACCUAAUCCAAAUGGAUGACUUCCACACCCGUGAUGUGUCCCCACUUGGGAGUGAAAAUAUCUUUGGUGAAUCCACCAACUGGAAGGUGAUGAAUAUAAAUGAGGAGGCAGUUCUAUUCAGCAGAGAAUUGCCCAUUUGGGAGAGUUCCCCCCUCGAGGGAGAGUUCCCUAGUAGUUUGUUCCCUAUGGAUGGUGAUCAUUUCACUGGAGGGGAAACAAAAGGAGGAAGGUUACACAUCGGGGGUGACGGCACUGCUGGUGGAUACAAGGUAGACAAACCUGUUCAGUGGGGUAAGCCUAAUCGGGUGGAUCAUCCCCAAAUGGUCGAUGUAAGAAGAGGGGACAACAACCCAUGUGUAAGUCGAUUUAAGAAGAAUUCCUCACUGGAAAGAAUAAAGUUGUUACAUGACGAAUUGAUAAACCUGAGUGAUGGUUCUUCUACCUCGGGGAAGACGACCUCGACGAGGAAGGGGACACCUCCUCGUGGGGAACCCAAUGUGGGGUGGCUUUCCAUGGGGGAAGAAAAGACGCAAAGUGGUAAAAACCCCCCUUGGGGGGAACAAGACUUUUUCGAUUUUGAGCAAGAUGAAGGGGUAGGUGCACCCCAAGGGGGAAAGGCCGACUGGGUUACAGACACCCACAAGCGUUUGGCAUGCAGUGAAGUAGGAACCGCAAAAGGAGAGUCUCAUGUGGGACUUCUAACAGAGACGCGUCAUCAAAGGGAUGGCAAAGCGGAAGUGGAAGACGUACUAACCUACGACGAGCACUACCUAACCGAGCAGCGGAUGGUGGAAGAGGCUGCACCGAUGGACGACGAAUGCAGCUCCUUCCUAGACAUAAUUGAUGAGAUAGUUAACGUCAGCAAGGAUAUAAUCGGAACGGAUCAGAACGAGGAUGGCGUGGUGGAGGUUUUACAGGGGAGUCCAGACGAAGGUAUAGAAAACUCACACAUUGGGGGGCACCUCGAUGUACCAGUCAAGGCAGUGGUAGAACCAGGUCAGGUAUCCACCCAUGCAGGUGUUUAUAAGGAUCCACCUGAGCAUAACCUUGUCGAGGAUGUGUAUUUCCACUUUGACCAAUUGAGCGAGUCGUGCAGGAAGAGGGAGGAAGGGGAAGACUCCAUCCGUGGGGCUGUUCACGAGAAUACUAACAGUACGGAUGUGAAUGCCCAACAGGUGACACACCCACAUUCGAGAAACAGAUUGGGUGAAAGGGAAGAUGACACAAGUGGGAUACAGGAAGAGGACCCCCAAGAGAUCCCCACCUGUGAGACCACCUCAGAAGGGGUAGACCUGCCCACUAUGCAGCUCCUCGAGGGGCUGUACCGUGUGCUGAUGUGUAGAGAAUAUUUGGAGGCACUCCCUGUGUUGGCUGCACACACGGGGGGGAAGCGAGCAGAAAGGAACCCCAUAAGAGGAACAACCCACUGUGGUGCAGGUAACUACCAAAGUGGUGGACCCCUCUGCAGAAACGUAAGUCUGAUCACCUUCCACAACUACCUCCGUAGAGCCAAAAAAAUGAACAAACGAGGCUUCCCCGAAAUGUACGACUACAGCGAUUACGUCUACACACACAUCGAAAAGGUCCUACGAAUGGAUAUAAGGCGCUUUUUCUUCACCAGCAAUUAUCUGGAAAAUAUUAACAGGUAUGUAAUUAAAAAGAAUAGACUAAUAAAUGACCUGACGAAUGCUCAGAACUUUGUGAACGAUUUUUUACAGAAAAAGGAAAACGUUAUUACACAGAAGAGAUUUUGUGAUGACGUGACCUACCCGAUGUACUUUUUAAUUUUCACCGAUCUGUUAGUCACCCUGUGGCAUACGUCCCUCUUCCAUUUGGAUGGAGCCAACUGGAGCAAGAUGGUUCGCUUCCUAACCAGGCGUCUCCACAAGAAGACAACUAUUCACGUGUUAAGAAGGAGCCACUCCUUUCUGUCUCGCAUUUAUAGACACCUCACCAAACAUCCCCUCGAUGAAAAGGAAAAGAAAAAAAUAAUUAGAAUUGUUAAACGGAGCAAAAGCUUCAAAACGGUUCAGAGGAACAUACACAGAAUCAACACCUUUUGUUUUUAUGUCCUCAUUUUUUUCCUCCCCCUGUCUGUACCUCCAUUUGGCAAGGAACUCAACACGCGUGACUACUUUAUGCAUUGCUUUCUCAGAAAUAUGAACAAGGUCGUUCUGAGGUACGCCAAGGAGCAUACCACUGACGGAUUGGGCGUUUCCUCCGGGGGAAACCUCCACACUGAUGCUCCCCCCUCGAAAAACCGACGAAGCGAAAACAUGGGCCACGUCGUACGGAAAGUCGUCAGAAGUUCGAAGAAGAACAUCUGCCGGCUGAAGAUGCAGAGCCUCGCGCAGGUGUUCCGGUGCUCCUUCGAAGAUGCCCCGUGGGGGGGUAGACCGAAAAGCGGAAGUACUAGGAGCCAUACAAACGGACUGCGAAACCGCCAUCCGAACAACCUCGUAGACCCCCUGCGGGAUAUACACAUAAGCGCCAGAAUCGAGCAGAUCGAAAAAGAACUGACCGCCUACCUCAGAGCAAACGCCCAUUUCCACGACACCUUCUUUAACGUCAUCGUGCCAAUGCUGAAUGACAUUACAACCCUUUUGGAAAACCUCCAGGCGAUCUUUGCCCUGUACGUAAAGCACAAAGUGCAGAACAGUAAGAAGCUGUUUUUCUUUCGUAACCCAUGGUUAUGCAGUUAUGACGUCUUCCUGUCGUUCACUCAGUCAGGGGGACCCGCCCCAAACUACGCAGAAAAAAGUGGAAUGACCAGCGGUCUAGCGGGCAGCUUAACUGACGAUUCAAGAGACAGCCUACCCUCAGACUUCGCUGCCUACAUUGCUCAGCAGGACCGCCAGCUCGCGCAGGAAGACCUAGGCGCACUCUACGACAUCAAGAGGGUUAAGGAAAUGCUGCUCCUGGAAAGUAGGAAAAAGGGCACAUCCCGCAGGAACACAAAUGGGGACCGUCCAAAUCACGCCAAGUUAAACACCUACUAUUCCUACAUUUUAAAGUUAUGCCAUGACGAGCGGUACAAAGAAAUAAACACGAGGGCUUUGAAGUGUCUAUUCUGCAGUUUGUAUUUUAGUUGA